AAUUUCGAGUUUCCUUCGUUGAGAGCUUCUUGCUCUUUUUCAUUGCCUAUUCAUCAAGAACAAACCUAAAACCCAACCCCUCUGUACCUCAGACUCUGUACCUCUCUUUUUGAUCUAAUUCUAACUUAUUUUUCGGUUUUUGUUUCAGUUAAAACCAUUAUAUUUACAAUGCCUGAAUCAAGGGAUAGAUUGGUGAGGCCUGUGGACCAUGCUGCCAUUUUCGCUCGCCGCAGAACGCCCGGUACUGGAAUUCUUAUUGACGACCCAGAAGUGGGUCCGAAUUUGUUCGGAUCCCCGGCCCCGGUCAGGCAAGUGGCGACACCGGCAACACGUGGACGGUUCAUUGGGGGAAGGGGAGGCUUUGGAACUCCAAGACAUGUGCGUGGCCGGAAUCUUUACAGAACUCCGGCUUCGGGUCAGGAGAAUAAUCCAAGAACUGCGCAACGGAGUUCGGGCCGGGGCAGACCCAGGAGCAGUGUGCUACCUUCUUGGUACCCGCGAACUCCUCUUCGUGAUAUCACUGCGGUCGUGAGGGCAAUUGAAAGGACAAGAGCUCGAUUGGGAGAUGUCGAAGGCCAACAAAUUGAGAGUACUGUACCUGAAGGCCAACAAAUUGAGAGUACUGUACCUGAGGGCCAAAGGGUUCUUGACCCUUCUGUAACACAGUCUAGUGCUCAACUCAAGCACAAUAUAUCUAUGGUCUCUCCAAGUCUAGCUGUUGGUGUCAAGCCUCGUACACCUGCUGUUGGUAAAGUGCCAAAGAUUCUGCUCGGAAUCACUAAUCAGAAUGCUGGAGAAUCAGAGUUUCUCACACCUCAGAAGAAACUUUUAAACUCGAUUGACACUGUUGAGAAAGUGGUGAUGGAGGAACUGCAGAAGCUAAAGAGAACCCCAAGUGCUAAGAAGGCAGAGAGAGAAAAGAGAAUUCGUACUUUGAUGUCUAUGCGUUGAUUCAUUUCAACUUCCCAGCAGUUAAAGAAUCCUUUUUUUCCUCCCAACUUAGACAACCAAAACAGAGAGAACAAGAGCACCUUCUAUUUGAAAGACAGAAGGGACAAGAAACCUGUGCAGUGACACUGAUCAUCAUCUGAUGAUAUUAGGACUCCUCAAGUAGAUUUAGUACAGAUAUCCUCAUAUUUUCUCUACUUUUUAACCUACGUUUUUGCAUUUAACAUCUAGCCGAAGGUCUAAGUAUAGGAUUGGUAGACACUUGUGCUUCAGUUCUCUGCUGAAAGUCUAGGUGUAGGACCAGAACUCCAGGAGCAAUGUUUGUUUCUUGUUACCAUCAUUCUUUGAUGGUUAUGUGUAGAACUAGCUAUUGUUUUGAGCUGAUGUAUAUAAUGGCCAUAUCACACUUCCUGUACCAUUACUUUGUGUAUGAUAAGGAAGCAGGUUUCAUCAAA